GAGGGCAAAGAGCUAAGAAGUGCAAUCACAGAGAUCACAGAAUCUAAGAGUGUGGAGAGAGGAGAGUGGCCAGGGAGGCUUGGGUCCUGUGGAUGAGAGGGGAGACUCCAGCCUGCAGAGGUGCUCAGGACCAUGGCUGACGCUAUUACCUAUGCAGACCUGCGGUUCGUGAAGGCACCUCUGAAAAAGAUUGUCUCCAGCCAGUUAGGAGAGGACCCAGAGGCCUAUGAGGAUGGGGAACUCACCUAUGAAAAUGUCCAAGUGCCCUCAGUCCCAGGGGGGCCCUCCGGCUUGGCCUCCUCUGGACUAGGGGACAAAUCAGGGUUUAAGUCAGAGCAGCUAACUGCGACCUGGAGCUCCGUGACGUCGCCGCCUGUUGGAAGGCUUCUCCCCUGUAGUCCAGCUUGCUUGCGAUACCUCCUGUUCAGCUUGCUCCUCACCUGCCUGCUGUUAGGGGUGGCUGCCAUCUGCCUGGGAGCCCGCUAUCUGCAGGUAUCUCAGAAACUCCAGCAGGUGAGCAGUGUUCUGGAAGACACUAAUAGCAGCCUUCAGGAGCAGCUUCACCUAAGGAUAACUCAGCUGGGGCAGAAGGAAGAGAAUCUGCAAGAGUCCAAGAGAAAGCUGGCCCAGAGUCAGGAAGUGCUACAGGUGGCGCAGGAAAAUCGCCAGGCUGCUGAGGGGAAGCUAAAGGACUGCCAGUUGGACAAGGAGAAGACCCAGGAGACUUUGCAAAGGGAGGAGGAUCAGAGGAGGGCCUUGCAGGAGAGGCUACACAACAUGCAGGACACACUGAAACCCUUCUUUACAUGCUCCCAACAAGGCCAUUGCUGUCCAGUGGGAUGGAUACUGAAGGAGAAUCGCUGCUUUUACUUCUCAUCUAUUCGUCAGACUUGGACGAAGAGCCAAAACUAUUGUAAAUCUCUAUCCUCCAACCUGGCCACAUUCAGUGAGACAUGAUUACUCAUAUCAGCUCAUCGGAGAACCUAUAUUUUCACAUGGUGGUCUCUAUCCAUAUUGGAUUAGCUCCACCUCUAAUAAGGACCAAUGGAGGACUUCUGGUUUACAUAAUUAUGGGUAAGUUGGUGAGGACUUUUUGGCAUUUUGAAUUCCAUAAUCCCCUCAUAAAGACAUAGUAAAAAAAUUUCUUCCCCAACUCCAGCUCCCAAAUUUCUUCUAUAAAUCAAUACUGUAACUGCCUAUUUUUUUUUAUUCCCCCUAUUUGAUUAAUAACUUUAGAGCAGUCUUAUUCUCUGUUCUAUCUUUGGUGUCUAGAAGUCCCUGGCAUAAUUAAAAAAAAAUUACUAGGUUGGGAUCCAUGUCAUCUUUCAGAGGGAGAAGCUGAGAAUUUAGCUAGGGCUUCACAGCCAAAGGGACACCUGCAUUCUGACUCCCCAUCCCUUACAAGGCUGCCCAAACUGGGGUCAUACUUUCUCAGUCCAGGCCACCUGGGGCAUAAGAGCCAUCCCAAGGAAGUGAACAAGGGAGCAGUGGAGUAGCUUUGAGAAUCACACUUAAGGACUGUGAAACAGAGUGGCCACAUCCUUAUGUUCCCUAUCUGGAGUUUUCAUCUUUAAGAUUUGGGUAAUUUUUUUCUGCCCUGGACUUAAAGCCUUUUGUAGCUGGAGUCUAGAAAUCUGCCUCUGAACCAUGCCCAGAUAUGGACAUAGGCUAAGUUUUAUGCAUAGCAAGAUGAGAGAUGGUAGGAUUGAUUAGAAGGGGUCCAGAGCAUUUCCCACUUCUAAUCAUUCUAAGUCUUGUCCUUAAGCUCAGGAUGCAUCAAGAUACAAAAAGGACAUUAUUCACGGUGGUAUAUACAGUCAGAGACAUGUACAAGUUCCCUUCCCUUCAUCUGUGAGCAGUCAUCUUUCAGGUUUCCAGAUGGGGACCAUUCUUUGCAAUGAAUGGGACACUCAUGCUAACAAGAGCUUGUGACUCUGAUCCCUAACCUGUGGCCUGCACAUCCAAGAUUGUCAUCCCCAGGCAUCCCCCAAGUGUGGGCAUUGCCAAUCAAGGACUGAUCCACACCUGACACUUCUAGCCAGCCUGCUCGAAAACCUGUCCCAGAAACUGGACUGAUCCUGGGAAGAGGAUAAAGAAGCCUCUAGAAGGGACUUUGACCCCCCUCAAGAACCUCCCAUACUGGAAAUGGGUGGGGGGAGCAGGGCGCAAGGGCUGAGUGGAUGGGGCGGCCCGGAGCCAGCCAGGCAGUUUUUAUUGAAAUAUUUUUAAAUAA